GCUCGUCAAGAUCGCCGUCGACUGCUUCGUGUUGCUACUAGGACGAAUGACAGAUUAUUAUAACCGUUGUUGUUUUUCUCGUUUGCUUAUCGACAUGGCACUUUCAUAAAAGGAAUCGUAUUUUACAGUUUUCGUAGAUCACGACGUCUGAUUUAUGUUUGGUUUGCUCGUUGUUAUGAGUCAGUUGACAUUGCCCUAACGUUAGGUAUUUUUCGCCGGAUCAGCCUGAAUCAACACAUGGUAGACCUACAUUUUGUAUAAAUUAUUACUAUUUGCAUCCAAAUCGCCAUGUGCGCUUAUUUUCUUGUAUAAAAGUUAUUAUCAUCGUGAGUGUUGUUCUCUAUGAUGCCCGUGCGCAGCUGUCAGUACAGGUAACCUCUGCUGCUGCUGGCUGUAGACCUGAAACUGAUCUCUGAUCUUAUGAAAUGAGAGAGUAAUUAAAUAGGUGAGUCGUGAGUUAGCAGUUGUCUGGGAUGGAUGAGUAUAAGGAGAAUUUGUAUGAGUUCGGGGGUCAGACGUCAGAUUUUUUCCCUCCUCCUCCACCUCCUCGUCUAGUUGCUCGGGAGCGAUUAAACAUACAGAAGAGCAGCGUCUGCUCCAGGGCUUACUUCUUGGUGGUGAUGGCAUUCUUCCACAUCUACAUAAUAAACAUCAUAGCUUUGCUGUUGUAUGUGCAUUACAAUACCGGAUCUGGGGAGACCUCUGGUGGAGAGCAAGAUGUACCCAUUGUGAAGAGCACUAGUGUCCCCAGAUCCAUUGCACCUGAUCACCAAAGCACUUCACCAAACCUGAGCCCUGAAAACUCCUUCUUUCUGCCCCGUUUGGAGGGGAUUAGGGUUGGUCAUGUGCAGAGAGUUUCUCUUGUUCCUGACCGAACCCAUAACAUGCGUACCCUCAGUUUGAAGCCACUGCUGUUUGAGAUACCGGGGUUCCUGAGCGUGGAGGAGAGCAAUGUGGUGAUGCAGCUGGCCCAGCUAAAGGGUCUGACCCACAGCUCUCUCCUCCCAGUUCCUGAUGGUCAAGAGGAACAACUCACCCAAGAUGAGCUCUUCAGUCUGCUAGAUCUCAACCAGGAUGGUUUCCUGCAAAGGGAGGAGAUUCUGAGUCUCUCUCACUCGACUGAUGGAUCUUGGCUGAGCUCAUACAAUUUACGGAAAAUCCACACCGGGCUUGAGACCAGCCCUUCUGGAGUUUUGUCGCUGCAGGAGUUUAAGCGUGUCAGUGGUGGAGUGUUUCAGUAUGGCAGGGCAGGCCAAGGAUUGGACGGCCACACCAAGGUCAGGGAGAAAAGCACCAACACGAGACUGUACCUCGGUGAAGGCACACACCACCUGCUCAAGAGCAUUAGAAACAGGGUGACCCGCAUAACACGACUGCCGUCCUCAUUGGUUGAUCUCAGCGAGCCGAUGGAAGUGGUCCGUUUUGAGCAGGGUGGGUUCAGCCACGCCCAUCAUGACAGCAACCCCGCCAACCCAAACAGCAGCUGUGCUCAUACACACCUGGCGGCAAAUAACUCCGCCUCCAACCAGGUCGCAUGCAGGUAUUUAACAGUCAUGCUGUUUCUCAACUCGGUCGAUGGAGGCGGGGAGACCAGCUUUCCUGUGGCUGACAACAGGACGUACGAGGAGGAGGUGUUGGGCGAUCUCUCUCAGCAGUACUGUGACAAAGGCAAUCUGAAGGUCAAACCUGGGGCUGGCACCGCCCUGCUGUGGUACAACCACCUGUCUGAUGGCAAUGGAUGGGUUGGGGAGUUGGAUGAAUUCUCUCUCCACGGUGACUGUUCCGUCGCCAGGGGCUUCAAAUGGAUGGCAAGCGUUUGGGUGAACAUUGACCCUGAUCAGCGACGUCAGGAGCGCUACCAGCGGAUGGUCUCAUGGCAUCCAGAUGGGCAAAUCAAGAGCUCGGAGCAUGACAACCUCCACCAAGAUCUCUGAAUCAGCUAUCGAGUUAGAAGUUUUCAUCAGGCAAGACCUCAUGUCCAGCCUUAGCUGAUUCAUUACUUUAUAAAUGCAUUUACAUUUAGGGAUUAAGCAGACACUUUUAUCCAAAGUGACUUACAAUAGAGAGCAGAACAAUGAAGCGCUUCAUCGUAAGGAGGCAAUAAUACAAUAUUAGACCAAACCUGUUGAAGGAGAAAAGGUUUUUCUUUAAGGGAAAGGCAUUAAAGAUGUUCCUUUCAGAUAUUCACAGAAUUAUUUGUUGCUGUUUUUUAAUGUUGUGAGGGAUGCGGCUUACCAAACUUCUGCAAAGCAUCACCUUUAUAUUGCUUGUGUCACAUAUUAUUCAAUAUCCAUGACUUGAACAGGGAACUUGGUUUUUCAAUAACAUUUAAACAUUUACUGAUUAAGUUUACUGGUAUUGCACAAGUUUGAGCUAUUUAUGCACUUAUUUAUUAAUUAAUUUAAGAUUUUAUUUAUUCAAUGUUGCAUAUUUAUUGAAGUCAUUAUUUUUUUGACAACUUGCUAUUUAUCAAAUUAUUUAUUAUUAUAUGUGGUACAUUUAUGUACGUUCAAAUAUGUGGUAUAUUAUGUAGUCACAAUGUGUGUCAAUCUCAGGUUAUGCACAGAUUGUCUUUUCAUUGUAAUGACGUUUUUGAAGAUUUUUUCAUGUAUGUUAAUAUAAGUCAUAUAAAGGUGAUAAUUUAUUCAAAAUAAGAAAUAAAUUCAUAACUAUUGAA